AUGUUCAGAGAAGAAAAUAACAAUAUCUAUUAUCUUUUUCCAAUAAUUAUUUUUCCUCCAGAACCACCAACAAUACUAGACCAAUACGGAAGAUUACUGAAUGGUACAGUUGGUCCACACGACGAAGGAGAUGACAUUACAAUGAAAUGUAGGACUGUGGGAGGUCACCCUCAGCCAGUCGUAAGGUGGUUGGUGAACGGCUUAAUAGUUGACGAUCAUUACGAACACAAUGCCGGAGAUGUUAUAGAGAAUGUGCUAGUAUGGCCUUCGAUCAGUAGGAGAGACCUUGAUGCUUUAUUUACGUGCCAAGCUGUAAAUACCAAACUCACAGAACCGAAAGAAGCGUUUGUAGUUUUGGAUUUGCGAUUACCACCCUUAACGGCGACCAUUCUCAAAACUGAAAGUCGUUUGGUAGCUGAUAAACGUUAUGAAGUCACUUGCGAAUCGGCUGGAUCUCGUCCCCCAGCGAUCAUUACGUGGUAUAAAGGGAAAAGGCAGCUUAAAAGAACUAAGGAAGAAACACGGGAGAACGUAACAAUAAGUGAGUUAAGUUUUGUACCGACGACGGAGGACGAUGGAAAAUCCAUAACGUGCCGAGCUGAAAAUCCAAACGGCACCGGCCUUUUUCUCGAGGCUUCCUGGAAAAUUGACGUCGUGUACCCCCCUAUUGUGACGCUGUGUCUGGGGAGCACCCUCAACGCCGACGACAUCAAAGAGGGCGACGACGUCUACUUCGAGUGCCACGUAACUGCCAACCCCCUUUGGAGGAAACUCACGUGGCUGCAUAAUUGUGUGGUUUUAAACCAUAAUCUCGCCAGUCGUACCAUCUUCAGUAACCAGAGCCUGGUUAUGCAAAAAGUGACAAGACAAAGUGCUGGUCGAUACCAAUGUUCUGUUGUUAAUUCAGAAGGUGAAACGGUUAGCAACGAGUUGGAUUUUAGGGUUCAAUAUGCUCCAAUCUGCAAGCACGAUAAGGUAGCUAUUGUGGGUGCUUCAAGAGGUGAAAGUGUUGACAUUAUCUGUGAGAUCGAAUCUGAUCCUCCAGCAAGGACAUACCGAUGGAAGUUUAAUAAUUCUGGCGAAACCAUUGAUGUUGCUGCUGAACGAUUUGCCAAAAGUAGCAAUGGAACUCACAGCAUCUUGCGAUAUACUCCAGUGUCAGAAUUAGAUUAUGGAUCCUUGUCAUGUUGGGCUUCUAAUGUAGUUGGACAUCAAGUGGAGCCUUGUCUCUUUCAGCUAGUAGCUGCCGGUAAACCCUUUCCGGUCAAAAACUGUAGUCUUUCCAAUCAGACCAGCAGCUCAGUAGAGGUUUAUUGUCUUCCGGGAUUUGACGGAGGUCUUCCGCAACACUUCGUUCUUGAAUUAUAUUCUUCCAGUUCUGCAACACUUAGAUUUAAUAUGACCUCUUACACAGAACCGUAUUUCUUUCUGGAUAACUUAGAGCCCGACGUAACUUUUCGAAUUAUUAUAUUCGCUAUCAACAUGAAAGGGAAGAGUGCUGGAGUUGUAUUGGAAGAACUUACCUUCAGAGAUGCCGAAAAACGAACAGCACAAGAUGGCGACAUAGCCAUAUCACCAGUUUUGGGUAUUCUAAUAGGAGCAACAUUUACGAUAAUAGUUGUAAUACUUAUAAUCAUCAUUAGAAUUAAAAGAUCUCAAAAUAAUUCUAGCACCGGACUGCAUGAACAAAAAGUAUCUGUGGCAGCAGGAAAUCAACAAAAUACGUUGUCCUCGACAAAGCCCUUGUUACGAAGUACUUCACCAAGGGAUUUAGAUGAAAGAGAUCCUGAUAUUAUUCCUGCCAAAUACGGGUCUCCUGAGGGCGAGUGCGAAAGACAAGUUGGAGCCUUAAAUGGUCCCCAAGCUCCUUUGGCUACCAGAAAUAUCCAAAAAGUACAGAACUACGCUCAGUCUAAUGUUCCUUCUCCGCAGUGGAUUAGUCCAGUAACUAAUGAACAGUACCACCAGUAUAACAAUCCUGUGGCUAUGGUAAGUGGAACAUUCCCUCGAGAAUCUAGGCCAAAAGAUCUUCGGUUGGGUAAUGGAAGUUCCACUCUUCACGGAGUUACAGAUUUGGAGCUGAAUGGCAUGGCUAUUAAAGAAAGACUGAUGGCAAAUCGUCUACCAGAAAGUUGUGUUUAAGUGGAUGGGUAUUUAAGUAUAGGAUAAAAAAAAACAUUUGGUGUGCAAAUAAUGGUUGGCUUACCGUCCAUGAAUUAAGUUAAAUACAUAUGGAAAUAUUCGACUACCAAAGUC